AAACAGUAUCAAUAUGUUCCGUUCGAUUGCUUUAUUCGCGGUUGUAGUGCUCUUUCAGGCGGCUAUUGCCGUCGAUGUGUCCAAGCCCGAAAUUCAAGAGCUCAAAUACAUCAGUAAAGGUGUCGUGCCAAUAGCGGCAUUGCGAAAUUUCCUGCGUGGUUCCACCCAUUCUAAUGGAUUCAUCGGAGAUCUCGAGCUUGGCAAAUUAACAGUAAACGACACAAUGGCUCAUUUUUUUAAUUAUCAUUACGGUAAUAAUUCACCACAUCUUCAAACGUGGCGUUUAGCGAGGGUUACUUUUUCGGACAAAAUCGUUACUUACGUUGUAGUACGAAAUAACGAGAAUAGUUACGGAGCAGUGUGCGGAGAAGCGAGUGAUAUAGGAUCAAAUCAAUCGCCGAGAUUUUGGGUGCGCAUCGCUCCUUAUUCGAAUGUUACGCUCACGCAAUACAUUUUUGCGCGUUACGAGAAAAUUCAUUAAUAGUGAUAAUUUUUAUAAUCAUCUUUUAAUUAAAUAUUCUAUUUUAUUUAAUUAAGUAUUUAAUUAAAUUAACUAAAACUAAAUAUUAUCUAAUCUGAAAUGAAAGGCGUACGUAACAAUAAUGUAAUGUAAAUACAAUAUUAUGUAGUGUAAAUUGCACAUUUAGAACAGAAAAAUAAAAAAAAAUAUAUUUUUAUUAUUUAUUUAA